AUGAGCGAGGUAGGAAACAUAAGGAUGCGCUGGCCGCAAAACUGCGCGAGCUCGGCCGAGCAAGUCGUGAAAAGAGAGAAAGAGCAAGCACGGAUGAGCACCGCUCUGGCAGCUAUGGAAGCUGCAGCCCUCAAAGCUAUGAGGGAAAACGGAGAAGGAAUAGAGCAAGGACCGGCACUACCUUCAACUGGAUUGUCGUCGAAGAUCUUUGACCCAAGGCAGCUGAAAGAUGUCGGGUCUUUUGCACGCGAAAUGGCGAAACGUAAGAAUGAAAUGGCAGAAGUUAGAAAUCAGAAGCGGCCAGCGCAACCUUCAGUUGCCUCGAUGUCAUCGAAAUACUUCAAGAAAGAGGUUCCACAAGUUGUGGACUAUUCAGAGUUCACAGUCCCAUUAAAAAAGGAAGAGGUUGAAUCAGUUACGCCCACUGAAAUCGUUUGGGCAGAAGCUGAUGCUGGUGAUGGCAGAAGCUAUUACUUUCAUUUGUACACCGGAGAGUCGACAUGGGAACAACCAGCGGCUUUUUAUAAUAAAGAGCAAUACGCCGCCUUUACUGCAAAAUACUGA